AUGUCGACAGAUAAAGUAGAUGAAACUCAUCAAUAUGUAGACAAAAUAUCGGCGAAACUCGAAAAUGAAAAUCAUCAUCAUCAACAUGGCAAUGUUCAUUAUGGAAAACGACGGGCUGCUGUGGGGUUGGCAGCAUUUAGUUCUCUAGGUGGAUGGUUCUUUGGCUAUGACCAAGGUGUCACUGGUGGUAUAGUUGUCAUGAGCUCAUUUAAAAAUGACUUUUGUAAUGGUGUGUAUGGAAACCAAAGUGACUGUAAUCUGCCAGUAGCUGCGUUGCCUUCAGGGUACAGACAAUUCUUAGUAUUGUUUACAUUACUGUAUAAUAUUGGAUGUUUUAUUGGUGCUGUGUUUAUUUCAUCAUUUGUGGCAGAAAAAUUUGGGCGUCGAGCGAUUAUUUUUACGUCUGCAGCAUUAUUUUUAACAGGCACUUUAAUAGUUAUUUGUCCACCAGGAGGUUCUGCAAAAAUUAUGAUUUUAAUACUUUUUGGGCGAGUUGUCGAAGGAAUGGGUGUUGGCUGUUCUUCAUUUUCUUGUCCAAUAUAUGCUUCAGAAAUAGCCCCAACAAACCUUCGUGGAAUGCUUUCGGGUUUUAUGCAAAUGACUGUAGUUACUGGUUUAUUUACAGCCAAUAUUGUAAAUUUGAUAUUUCAAAAUCAUAAUUGGGGUUGGCGAUUAUCAAAUGGACUUAUUCUAAUUGCUCCGAUUACUAUAAUGAUUGGAAUAUUUUUCUGUCCUGAAACUCCACGAUGGUUAUUUAAAAAUAAGGGACGAGAUUUAGCAGAAAAGAGCUUAAAACGUAUCCGUGGAAUCGAUGAUGUAGCUGCUGAGUUGGACGCUAUUGCUGAUGCUGUACAAGAAGAAGGCAAUCAACUUUCAUUCAAAGAACUCUUUACAACUAAGAAAAUGCUUCAACGACUGGGUGUUGGUAUGGGCGUACACAUUUUACAACAGGCAACAGGUAUUAAUCCUAUAUUUACAUUCGGUGGUAUUAUUUACGAAAGUGUUCUCGGAAAAGGUAUCAUAGCAUUAUUGGUUCUAGCUGGUGCAAAUCUGUUAAGCACAAUACCAGCUCUGUUCUUAUUCGACAGAUUAGGACGUCGAAAUCUUCUCAUAUUUGGUGGCUUAGCAAUGGUAAUAGGCCAUCUUGUUGCAGCCACAGUAUUUGUUACAGGCUGCGAUGUCGUUAAAACUAUGAUUAAUGGCACUACCGUUGCUGAAGAAAUGGUAAACUGUAAAACAAGUUCUGGAAUACUAAUGCUUGUCUUCACCGCUAUUUUUGUAGCUUUUUUUGCAAUUUCUUGGGGGCCAAUAGCUUGGAUUUAUUCAGCUGAGAUAUUCCCUUUGAACGUCAGAGCCAAAGCUGUUUCUAUCACAACAGGAAGUAAUUGGUUUAUGGGCACGAUCAUGUCGUAUAUAUUAGAGUUGAUAGCUCCACUAGGAAUACAUGGAUUGUUUUAUCUUUUUAGUGGUCUAACUUUAUUAGCCGUAGUAUUCGUUUAUCUUUUCUGUCCAGAAACACGAGGAGUUUUACUAGAAGAUAUUGAAGAAACUUUUGACGAUUUCAAACUGAAGAAUAGAACAAUAAUUAAACUAUUACGAAAACCAUGUAAUGAAAAUAGAAAAAAAUCGGCUAAAGUGAAUCCAAUUGAGAUGAAAUUAUGA